UCGACAGGUGUCAUCGGCGUGUUUCUCUUCACCGGUGGAGCACAGGAGCGCAGCGUUGCGCAGAGCAUGUAGCUGAAACUAUAGACGGUGAAGCUGAAGUUUUGGCUUCUUCAUAAGAAACCUACACAAUAUUCAUAACAUUUAGAUCUGAUUCGGCUUGUUUGGAGCUAAAUGACAAGUAGGCACAGAAUUACUCAGUGAUACACGGGGCACGAUGGAGAGCAAGGGAUUACUUCGCUGUAAGAUUGUGGUUGUCGGGGAUACGCAGUGUGGCAAGACGGCUCUCCUUCACGUUUUUGCCAAAGACUCAUAUCCAGAGAAUUAUGUUCCCACGGUGUUUGAGAAUUACACAGCCAGCUUUGAGAUCGACAAGCAGAGAAUCGAGCUCAACAUGUGGGACACUUCAGGUUCAGCAUAUUAUGACAAUGUACGGCCGUUGGCUUAUCCUGACGCAGAUGCUGUACUCAUCUGCUUUGAUAUCAGCCGCCCGGAGACACUGGAUAGUGUCCUGAAAAAGUGGCAAGGUGAGACACAGGAGUUCUGCCCCAAUGCCAAAGUGGUGCUGGUUGGCUGCAAGUUGGACAUGAGGACGGACCUCAACGUCAUGAGAGAGCUUUCCAAACACAGACUCAUUCCUGUCACCCAUGAACAGGGCACUAAUUUGGCGAGGCAGAUCGGGGCCGUGGCCUAUGCAGAGUGUACCUCCAAGUAUUCGGAGAACAGCGUUCGUGAUGUAUUCCAUGUCACCACCCUGGCGUCUGUGACCCGCAUCCAUCGACCUCAGCUCAAGCGUGCUGGUUCGCGUCGGGGAGUCAAGAGAGUCUCCCAGCAGCCACCUCGGACUGAGAUUCAUGAGCACCCACCUGCCAUUAGAAAGGACCGAGCCAAAAGCUGCGUGCUCAUGUAGGACCGGAGUCUACCAGCGACCUAAUCUGUGUGCGCUAAUGAACAUGAGAACAUACUGCACAUGAACUUAAUUUAAUGGUGAAUUAUUUUCAAAUCUUUGCACUGCAUAAAGGACAAUGUGAUGAAUUCAAGAAGGAAUGCUGUCCUGUGGAGCUCUUUGAGGGAUUGUUUGUCCAUGUUUAGCAAAACUCUCCUUGUAAUUCUUCUCUGUGGCUGUGUUUUCAUCAACGAAGGCCAUUGUAGUGGCAAAGCUAUUUUUAUUUAACACAUAUGGACAAAUGGACAAAAAUGUUCAUGGACACAAACAGGCUGAUUAACAAUAACACAUAAAAACAAAAAAAAAAGCGAGAAAGGGAAAAGAGAACAUGAAAGAUCACUUGCGGUAACAGUGCUGGAUGUGACCUUUAUUAUGUUGUGUUAUGUUUUGAAAUGCUAUUCUCUCUUUAACUGUUUAAGUAAUUGAAGCACAAUAUGAUGCACGUAAACUGUUCUGAAUUCAUAAAUGUCAGGGAAUUAACUCGUUUGUUCCACUUCAUAUGACAAGUUGAAAAGAAAAUCUGGGCAGACAAAAAUAUUCGUGGGCACUAAACUCGAUGACACUAAUUUUCUUAAACCACAAGUGCUUUUACUAUUGAAAACUGAAAACUAAAUAAUCACUUACCACAUAAUAAUCAAGUGUUGUGAAACUUAUGCCAUUCUAAUAAUGCACAGUGGAAAGAAAAGUCACAGAGGGAGUUAAAAGUGUGACUGGUAUGUUGUA